CAGGCUCAAAGAACAGUUUAGUUUAUCAAGUUUAGAAUAUAUAUUAACACAGCUGAAAAAUUGAAAAGCAAAGAAAAGUAAAACAAAUACAAUGGCGAAGGAGAACGAAGAAGAUAGAUUCUUCCAAGUUGAAAAUCUUCUGGUGGACGGUAUACCGUGUAUCCGCUUCGACUGGACCUUUAAAAAGCGUCCCUCUUCGUGUAUCUCUGAAACAGCUGAGACAGAAGAUCUGAAUCUAUGGUUUAAAGAUGAUCUCAACUAUCUGGUGCUUAAUGGUCAAGGUGUUUCAGAAAACAUAGACCCAACUUUAGUCACUGUUCUUACAGAGUCAGACCUGCUGGAGAUCUGGGGGGAAAGAAAACAAUCCAUUGUUCUCCGUUUUCCAAGUGAAUCCUUGUGUUCAAAUGUUGCUUUUUUCAUCAGAAACUUCAGUCAGUAUCGGUAUCAGCAGAGCAUCCAUUUCUUUUCCCGAGAGUUGAAUAAAAUCAAUAAAGAAACUAUAUCUACUGAUGAAGCCUCCCAAUAUGUUGGAUUACUGGGAAUAAGCACUAGUAAAUGGGAAGGACCGGAACUAAAUGUUUUGGAUUUUAUGAACUUUGUUGAAAAUAUGUUUUAUUCACAGGUGGAUGAAAAUGAAAUCUUGGUUGAUAUAUUUCAAAAGUAUAGUCGCCAGAUUCAGUCAAAGAAAGGAAUGACCGAAGGGGAUUUGCGCCGAUUUCUCGAGGAGCAUCAGAAGAUGGAGAAUGUGACAGUUGAUAUGUUAGAAAAUAUUCUGAUAAGAUUUCAUAAAAUCGAUUAUGAUCAUGAUACAUUCCCUUUUCUCAUCUACUCAGAGUUUGUAGAGUUCUUGUACUCCGGAGAGUUUAACUCUGUACUCAAGGAUGAGGAGAGAAGUGUUGAGAGUCAACAUGCGACUCUCAGUGAAUACUACAUCAGCUCUGCUUAUAUUCUGGACAAUCAAAACAGAAUAACAGUUGAGUCCUUCAAGUCUCUGCUGUUGCUCGGAGCUAAGUGUAUUGAUCUAGAGAUCUGGGAUAGUAAGGAGGGUCCUCAUGUUAGACUAGAGAAGAUGGUCAAACCUUUAGAUCUACUAGAAGUUCUGGAAUCCAUAAACAAAUAUGCUUUCAUCAUAUCAGAUAUGCCGCUCAUCAUCUCCUUGCGGAUUCAUUGCAAUCAGACGAAUCAGGGACGGUUAGCACAGAUGCUAACAUCAGUGUUCAAGCAGAAACUAUUAAAGGCUCCGGGAAAAGAGCGCAAACCCCAGACACGGUUGCCAUCUCUCUACUCCUUAAAAAACCGGAUAAUUUUACAAGGAGAGAAAAAUCUGAUCCUGUCCAGUGAACCGGACAUCAAGGCCAGAGCUCUUGAAAUGAAAAAUAACGGAUGGCGUGGAGUUACUGUCGAGAUGAACAAAACAGAACUCAGGAUAAAGGAGGAUUUAAACCCUUUAUCAAUUUUGUAUCCAUAUCCAUGGUUUGCAGGAGAAAUGGCUGUGUCCAGGGCGCAAAGCUACAUCUAUCAAACAGAAGAACAUCUUGAAUCUGGUCAAUUUGCAAUCCAUUCUUUCCACGGAGAUAUUUUCCUCAUACUUCUGGAUUCAAGACAGGACGAGCGUAAGGUUGUUUCUUUGAGAAUUAUCCAGAAUAACAAGAAAUUAUUUCUGGAGCCUGCUAUCAAGUUUGAUGAUGUGUUUGGUUUAAUAGACCAUUAUUCUAUCAAGUCCUUUCCGUAAGUCUAGUAGUAUUCUUGCGGAAAAAUUACAAUAUCUUUUACGGCAUUUCAAUUUUCUAGGAUUAAAAGAAAUAACAGAGAAGACAAUUAUUCGGCUUUAAAUAGUUUAACACAAUGUAAAGACAAGUUGUGAAUUUCUGCUUUAACCAUCGUGUUUCGCUACUUAGCGAUUUCCCUAAAGACCUAAUACAUGUACCGUGUGGUAUUUCUCAGGAUUUGAU